AUGUCGACGGAACUACUAGCCCCGUGGGAGUGGGCGCGCAUCCCUCCAGUCAUUUCCUCCGACGAGCUCCCGGAGGAGGACAUCGAAUAUGUUCUUAGCCAGCGCAAAAAGUAUUCAAGGUUUCUACAUCCAAUGUACGUUUUAUCUUUUGAAAGGCCGAUAUAUCUCGGUGACCGAAUUCCCGACAUGAUCGAUCCUAGCACGUCAACGGACAACAAGGAAAUUUGGAUGAUUGAGGCACCCCUCAAUACUGUCGAGAUCAUUGAAGCCAUCUUGAAACCAGCCAAGCCAUUCACGGUUCACAGGGCACGUCACUUCAGCCCAGGGUGCGCUCAACACGCCGCCAAACUCCCCCCCAAUAGCCUGGAAAUAAAACAGCAACUGUAUGCACGGUACCUUCGCCUGGAGGGUCGGUUAGAGAAAGACCGCGAAAUAUCCUAUAUCACGGUGGAUUCUGAUGAUGCUUGGACUCUGCGUGACAAAUUUCCUGGAGCCCUCGACGCCGUUCGCCUGCAGUACAUCUCCAUCCCCUGGGUGUUUUCAACCGGAACCAAGAUUCUCGCCAACCCUAUGGCGUAUCUAUUGCACGACGCGCCACGUCCGGGGUCAUGGCACACAUACGAAAGGGGACUGGCAUAUGUUCUCAGAACUCUUGGCCUCACUGGCUAUACCGUUGAUAAGCAAAACUAUCUUCGACCCGGAGCGACCCCGAUGCCCGAGUGUGUAUUGGAUUGGUACUGUGGUAUUCCCGGGAGAACACAGGCCCUCCCUUACUACCACGAACCGGAAGAGGUUGUGGAUUUGGGGGAGGAUCAGAAGAACAACGAGGUGUCUUCUGAUGGAUCAAAUACCGACAGUUCUAGGCCCGAUAAGGACGUUUCAAGGGCUCAUCUCUGA